UUUACGUUUUGCGGGAAAAUCAAAAAUGGCGGAGACCGAUGAAUUGUUGAAAACAUUGGGUAUCUUGCCUUUGGAAAAGAUAUCUGAAGAUUGGGUGAAGGGAGUAUGGGAGUCAGAUUUCACUGAUGUGUCUGGCAUGGACGAGGAUGUUAUUCUGGACUGGGACCCAGGACAGAUCCUUCCUGCUCUUGCCAGCAUGGUGAAACUAUUGAAGGGCUGGGCAGACAGCCAGGGAGAGGAGGAUGUUUUGUGGUCAAUCCUUGUGGAGAAGAACAUAUCCCUGAAGUGUCUACAGGCUUACCUGGCCUACCUUAUCCUCAAUGGCCACAAGCGUGGGUGUGAUGCCUGUUUGAGGGGGUGUGGCAUGGUUGCAGCCCGGGUGUACGUGGGCCUUGUCCAGGUUCCAGGCAGCGCUGCAUUUAAAGUCUUCCAUCCAGAGCUUUAUGAAAAGUCGCUGGAUUAUGUUAAACUCUUCACAAUGUUUGGGUCUAGUGGAGGCAACAAGAGGAAGAGAAACAGUGUUACCCCGGUGAAGAAGGGAAGAGGUGGGGCAGGCAGGGGUAGAGCAAAGAAAAAACACACAAACUCUCCACCGCUAGAUGAAGUGGGUGGGGAGGACGGGGAGGAUGAGGAUGAUAAUGAGGAUCAGGAGCUUGCCCCCCAGGAAGUGGCCAGUCUACGCUCUCAACUGCACAAACUACUUGUGGACGAGGUGUUGUUCCUGGAAAGAUUUUCCCUGCGCCAGUCGCUGUCCUCCUCCCUGCACACAGUACAAGUGUUAUCACCCUUGACCCGACAUGAGCCAGAACUCUUCUCUGGAGACUUCACAGACAGAACUCCCCCUUCACAAAUGUCAGUGCCGGCAUUAGCCUUUAAGGGUUUAAAGGCCCUGUGUUCUGCUCUCCAUGGACAUGUCAGCUCUCUCAUGAAUGCUACGUGUAAGUGCCUGAUGGGGAACCUGAUGAUGUUGAUAGAGGACAAGGCCGUGGUCAACAUCAGCAAACAGAUGCAGAAUACCAGGGAUGUAGCCAUUGACUUUGUCUGCCUGUUAUUAUCCCAGUGUGGGGAACGUGGUGAGGCAAGUGUGCGGACCCUGCUGCAACACAUGUGUACACGGGUGACAGACCGGGCGGAGUACCGGACCCGGGUUGCCCAUGCUAUUAUGACCAUUGCCCAGCAACUGCCUACACAGUCAUACUGUGCCAUGGUCCAGUGGUUCCACAAAUUGUCUAGGCAUUCACAGAUACACAACCGUGGCUUUGCCCUUGAGAUUGUGUCCGCCCUGCUUGCUACGCCUGAGCGGGCCCCAACUGAGGCAGUCGCCACAGAGAUGAGGCCAUAUAUUACCCACAAGUCCCUGCUGGGCAUCCUGCUGGACAGGUGCUCUGACAAGGCUCCAACUGUGCGUGCUCGAGCAAUCACAUGUUUUAGUCAGUGUUUAAUGUCGGGUGAUGAGAGAAUCGCAGGCACAGUGAGGGAGAUAAUGACACCCAAGUUUCAAACCCGCAAUCCUGACCGCCCACAGAGGCUUAUCAUGACACCGGGAGCAUCUAUCAGGGUUGCUGUAGACAGUGUGGUGUCCUCUGGAGAAGGUACAGAGAUGACAAUUGCCCAGCAGACGAUAGAGGGAGCUUCAGGGGUGCUGGAGGGGCAGACAACAGCUGCUGACCAGAUCACACCCCUUAACCGUGUACAUCUAACCCCAGGAUUUGAUCCGAAUCUGUCCGACAGUGAGGGUGUGUUCUCCAUGUUGAGACGUCGACUGAAUGAUGAGAGAGUGAAUGUCCGCAAGGCCGCCCUACAUGCUCUUGAGGCAGCUGUCAGGUUCCAGAUGCCCAACUACACAGAACAGAACCUAUCAUGCCUGAAAGACCACUGUCGUGACCCCGGGUUGUCAGUGAGGAAACAAGCCCUUCAGUCCCUUACAGACCUAUUAGCAGACUUCCCAACUGACAUCAUCAUACAGACCACAUGGUUGGAGGGGGCCCUGCCUCUUGUGAUAGACCGAGAAUCCACCCUCUCCGAGAAAUGUAUGGAGACCUUGGAAGAAAUUGUAAUCUCAAACGUUGUCCUUGCUGUCAGGUCAAAGUCGGAGAGUCAUACACUGGCAUGGGAGUUGCUGAACAUUAUAUCCAAGCCCCAGAGUGUGGAUUUAAGGAGGUAUCUACAAAAAGCCUGUCACCACUGGUCACGGCAAGGGAAGAUCAAACCUGGCCUCAUUUCUGCCCUUGAGUCACACAUCAACACUGACAACGAUUCUGCUGCGUGGAUGUUGUUGGCCCAGAUAGCCCCAGCCGCUCCCAAGAUUAAGCCAGCCUUCCUGCUGGACUACUGGUACAGUCACAGUGCAGGAAACUGUCCUGUUGAGGUGAUGGAGCGUGUCCUUACUGUGAUGAAGUCUGUGGCCAAACAUCUGCCUACAGAGUCCAGGCUGAUUGAGGACCUUAAGUCACGUCUGCUCAAGUUUGACUCUCAGCCAGAGCUUAUUGCUAUCACUGUUGCCACACUGUCUAAGUUAUGCAGUGUGAAGUCUAGUGAGUCUGGUAACAACUCCUUGGAGACAGAAUGGGCCACAGAACUGUUGACGGCCUGUGACAAGUUCCUGUCCAAAGUUGUCCUACAGAUUGAUGGUGUGAGUCAUAAUGAAGACCAGAUUGUGUGUUACCUUUUCACAUUGGGUGAGGUUGUCCAGCUGUGCCCAGGCCGGGUCCCCAAGCGGGUCUUUCUCCUUGUCCAGAGCAUGAUAGCAGCCCCCUGUAUUACGCCCCUGCCUCCCAGCCAAGCCCACUCUGGGUCCUCAGAUGUGCUAAGCAGCAGUCAUGGCUCUGUUGAGACCCAGGGGACACAGUUCACCCAGGGAACGCAGCCCCUUACACAGUUCAGAGGCUCGCAGAUGUCCAACAGGGUCAGAGCUUUCGCCUUCAUCACUCUGGGCAAACUGUGUCUGCAGCAUGAGGGCCUGGCCAAGAAAUGUAUAGCCGCUCUCGCGCGGGAGUUGGAGGUGGCCACCGACCCAGCCAUACGGAACAAUGUUAUGAUUGUCAUGUGUGACCUUUGUGUCCGGUAUACAACUACAGCAAACAACUACAUCAUCAACAUUGCAUCAUGCCUAAAGGAUGGAAGUCGUCUGGUCCGAAAGCAGACGUUGACAUUGAUAACACGUCUGCUACAGGAGGACUUCCUAAAGUGGAAGGGGGCACUCUUCUUCAGGUUCAUCUCCACUCUCCUGGAUGAGAGUCAGGAGAUUAGCAAGUUUGCGGAGUUUUGCCUGGUGCACAUGCUGAUCCAGAGACACCCUACCAUGUUCUUCCAGCACUUCCUUGAGUGUGUGUUCCACUUUAAUGACUACAACCGUCAUUCCGUGUACAACAAAUUUCAGCAAACAGAAAGAGAUAGAGAACUGUUCUCCCUGAAAGGGGAAAAACAUGUCAAAUCUCGUAUGAGGUUGUACCAGUUCAUGAUGGAGCAGAUGUCAGACGACCAUAGGUUCCAAAUGCAGGGAAAACUUGUACAGGAGGUGCUAGGAGGAGUAGUAGACAACCUGCUACCUAUCAACGAUGACAGCCGAGACCUGAUCAAAGAUACACUUGCCAUACUCAGCUCCAAGGAGAUCAAGCUCUCGUCCCUGAAGGUGAGACCUGCAGAGGAAAUGGCCUUAGACGAACAGGAAAUGGCUGCUGUUGUCAUGGCAACAGCAAAGAAAACACUCAUCACACAGGUUGUGAAAAGAAAUGUGAUAGAGAACAUCGUUCCUGUAGUUGUUGCAGUUAAACACUUGUUGGAGAAGCAGCGGUCACCUCUUCUUAAGGAGCUGCUCACCUAUCUGAGAGAACUUAUGAAAGACUAUAAGGAAGAGGUUAAAGAGAUCCUGUCAGCUGACCGUCAGCUGGCCACAGAGAUAGAGUAUGACUUGCGUAGGUUUGAGGAGGAGCAGGCUGCCACAUCCCGACCCCCCACAGCUCCGUCUAGUAGACAGGGAAGUCCACAGGUUAUGCUGAAGAGCCCUGUGGUAGGGCAGGCAGCGGGGAUCACAUCACCCCAGCCACCUGGGUCGCCUAAGACACCUGCACUGAGAGGGAGGGGUACUCCAGGGUCCAGGGCAAACACCCCAGUGGCUAACAAGGGAACACCACCAGUGUUAAGGAUUAUAACUCCAAAGGGCGCAGUAUCUAGGCCUCCUCCACUCUCUACUGUUGCCCUGCUGAACUCGGCCCGCAGAGCAAUGCCCCCUCCUGACCCACAAACACCCAAACAGAAGUCCCCCCAACCUAGGGAAAAGACUCCACAAGUGGCAGGAAAAGUAAGCCGUGCCAUCAGCACCCCUUCUGUUGCUAUGAGCAACAUCACAUUCCAUGGUGAUGCCAAUGUAACAUUUAUGCCGCCAUCACCGAUUGCAGAGGAUCACUCGAGUGAACAUGUUUAUGAUGAAUCAUCAUUAGGAAUAUCGGGUGCGGAGACGGAGGAAGAGGCAGAAAAUGUUCUCAUUCUGCAGUCGCCUAUGGCAAAGUCGUCAAAGCCAAGAAUGUGGAAUGUAACUUCUCCUGCACCAAAAAAUCUCAAAAAGAUAAUAGAAGCAGGAGAAGAGGAAGCAGUUAUGCCAUUGGCUGAGAUCCAGAAUGUGUCGGCCAAUCAGAGUGAAGAUGACAUGGAAACAGAACAGUUAAUGACAAGGAGUAGUAAAGGUGCUCUUAGGACAAAACAAAAAGCUCCUCAAGAUAAAAGGACAACCAGGAAGAAAGCUGCAAAACACCAACAUUAGGAUCAACUAAAAUGUGUGUAUCUGUGAUCUAUCUGUGUUUUGCGAUGCAUGUUUUUGUCUGCUUGUUCGGGUUUGAAAGUGCCAAAUUUACAGCUUUGAAUACAUGAAUAUGUUCCUUAUUCUUAGUAUUGUAUACAAUUGAAACUUGUCCAUUAUAUCUUGAAGGUUUGUUGCAUCUAUUAAUCUGUAAAUAUUACAAUUAAUUUACUGUAAUGAGACUCUUGUGGCCAGUGAAUUGCGUACAGAUAGCCGAUUUCUUAUUAGAGAAAUGUUUUGUUUGGAAUGAACAGUUUUUUUAUACUUUAUAGCCAGGAUGUUAAUGAUAUUGAUAUAUAUAUAGGGAUGCAAACAAAAGUCGAAAUUGAUUUUCAAAUAUUAGGUAAUUCCUUUGAUCGAAUAUUUAAAUACCAAAAUGAAUCUUUUAAAAGUUUUAAUAAACUAUUAUUACUUGCUCUAGUAAUAGCCGGAGCCUUUUUACUCUUCUUUGUCGUAGCCGUUACCCGUGACAGACCCUGAUUUUUCUCCCCAAAUUAGCUUCUGAAGUUCAGAAUUUUCAGAAGAAAAAAAAAAGCAAUACAUUUUGAACAAACAAAAAACAAAAUCGAAUUAUUUCAAUUCCUGUAAACAAUGCGAAAUCAGAUCGGUGAAAAGCGUAAAUUCCUGGUUGAAUGACAGUAUGUGCUAACAGGCUUGCAGCCUCGUUCUGGGAUUGAUAUAUAUAUGUACUUUGGAAAAUUCAAAUCAACUUUGGAACUAGUAAAAUAAUAAAACGAAAACCAACAUGAAUUUAGACCCAUCACAAUACAGGAAAUAUAUCCCAACUUAACAGUUACAUUUCAAAGCAAAUAUUUCAUGUACGUUGUAAAAUCAUGGAAAACAGUUUAUAGCACAUAACUAGCAGAUUUCAUUCAUAUCAUCAUGGCUAUUGGUGGGAAGGCCUUGGCAUGAUCAUUUAAAUGCAAUGAAAAUAAUUGGAUUUGUUUGAUGUCACUUGUCUUAUAGCCAGUUAUUGUAAAAUUAGGGGGACCGUUUUUAGUAUCCAAUGAUAUGACACGUUAGUGGAUUGUCAUCAAGUUCAAGCUUCUGGCAUAAGUGGCCAAUUGUUAUAAAAACAAGACAAACUUCAUACACAACAACACAGUUAUAGCCAAAAGGCUUAUUAUUCUAUCUCUUUAACGAAAAAAAAACUCGAAUAUUUGAAUACUGAUUUUCACAUUUGAAUACCAAACAUUCUAUCGAAUAUUUGAACAUUUGUUUGCAUCCCUAAUAUAUGUAUAUAAAUGGCUUUUUGUACCAAAUGAGCUAUAGUACUUUCAUGUAGUAUACAUGUACCGGUAUACUUUUGUAUUUUCUAGCUUGUAAACAUUAUUAAUGCUUUAUGCAUCUGCUGGAACUUAUAUCACUUUGAUGCACAUGUACGUAUAUAUAUGAAAGAAUAAAUGGUUUUUAAGAGUG